AUAUAAUACCUUUUUAAAGUAUAAUAUUACAUAGUGAGGUCAAUUAUGUCAUAGGUCAUAAGGAUUGCAAAAUAUAAGAAACACUAAAGUCUUAUUCAGAUAAUGAAUGUUUUUGAAUUAACUAUGCGUAUUAUAACAUGAAAACUUGAGACAGUAAUCUAAAGCUUAUAUACAUUAAUCUCCAUCAGUUUUACAAAUGGCCUGUUCUACAGUACGAUAUGGUGUUGGUGUUACUAAAGAGUUGGGUAUGGAUAUGCAAAAUAUUGGAUCAAAAACUGUUUGCUUGAUGACAGAUCCAAAUCUUGUGAAUCUACCACCUGUUAAAACUGCUAUGGAUAGUCUUACUAAAUAUGGUAUUCAAGCUACAGUUUAUGAUAAUGUACGUGUUGAGCCUACAGAGCAAAGUCUCAAGGAUGCCAUUGAGUUUGCUAAGCGCGGCAACUUCGACGCUUUUAUAGCGGUAGGUGGAGGUUCAGUAAUAGAUACCUGUAAGGCGGCAAAUCUUUAUAGUUGUGAUCCACAAGCAGAUUUCCUGGAUUACGUGAAUGCACCCAUUGGCAAAGGGAAGCCAAUUGUAGUACCAUUAAAACCAUUGAUAGCGGUACCUACUACAUCCGGUACAGGGUCGGAAACAACCGGUGUUUCUAUUUUUGAUUAUCAACCACUUAAAGCCAAGACUGGUAUUGCUAAUAGAGCUCUGAGGCCUACUUUGGGUCUUAUAGAUCCACAGCACACAUUGAGCAUGCCAGAAAGAGUAUGUGCUUAUUCUGGUUUUGAUGUACUUUGCCAUGCUCUUGAAUCUUUUACUGCAUUGCCAUACACAGAAAGAACACCUUGUCCUUCAAACCCAAUUCUUAGGCCAGCUUAUCAGGGUAGCAAUCCUGUCAGUGAUGUGUGGUCGAAGUAUGCCCUUCAAACAAUGCGCAAAUAUUUCCAAAGGGCAGUAUACAACCAAGAUGAUCUUGAAGCCAGAAGUCACAUGCAUCUUGCAAGUACUAUGGCAGGUGUUGGAUUUGGUAAUGCUGGAGUUCAUCUUUGCCAUGCGUUAUCUUAUCCUAUUAGUGGAAAUGCACGAAGUUUUCAACCUAAGGGUUACAGCAAGGAUCAUCCAAUAGUACCGCAUGGUCUUUCAGUUGUCAUAUCAGCACCCGCAGUGUUUUCAUUCACUGGAGAUGCGUGCGCCGAAAGACACUUGGAAGCUGCUGAAUUACUCGGUGCUGAUAUUCAUCAAGCAAAGAGAAGCGAUGCUGGGAAGAUAUUAGCAGAUACUGUAAGAGGGUAUAUGCAAAUAAUGAAGAUUGAAAAUGGUUUAACCACAUUAGGAUUCAAGAAGGAAGACAUUCCUACCUUAGUUGAAGGGACGUUACCCCAGCAUCGUAUUACAAAAUUAGCGCCACGAGAACAAUCUAAAGAAGAUCUUUCGCAAUUAUUUGAAAAUUCAUUUACGAUUUACUAAGGAGAAAUGGUAUAUAUUUUCUUACUGUAUUAGAUAUAACUAGAUACAAAUAAAGGGC